CUGGCCGCUAGGUGGCAGCCGCGGCGCUGCCUCUCUGCUAGCGGUGAAGAGCAUGUACACAAACUGAGAAGGCUAGUUUAAUGUUAGCAAGUAGCGUUAGAGAGCUGCUUCUCCCGUGGCACUUUCCAGUUACGCUGAAUAAUUCAACAUGGGGAAAAGAGACAAUCGAGUGGCGUAUGUCAACCCCAUAGCUGCUGCCAGAGCCAGAGGACCCGUGCAGAACUCUGGACCAACCAUCCAGGAUUAUCUGAGCAGACCUCGGCCAACAUGGGAAGAGGUGAAAGAGCAGUUGGAGAAGAAGAAGAAAGGCUCCAGAGCCCUGGCUGACUUUGAGGAUAAAAUGAAUGAGAAAUGGAAGAAAGAACUCGCCAAAAACAGAGAAAAGUUAUUGGGUGACAAAGACAAGGAGAAGGAGAAAAAGACAACAGACAAAGAUAAAAAGAUAAACGACAAGGAAAAAGACAAGGAGGAGAAGAGAGAGAGAAAAGAGAAGAAGAGGAAGGAGAAGAAGAAAUCCAACAGGCAUUCUUCAUCUUCCUCCUCUUCAUCGAGUUCUGAUUCCUCCAGCAGUUCUUCCUCAGAGUCUGAAGACGAGGAUGAAAAGAAGAGUGUGAAAAAGAAGCGGAAAAGAAAGAAGUCAGCAGCCAGGAGACCAUCAGACGGCUCAGCAGCCGAAUCAGACGCCGAGAGCAAGAAGAAAAAGAGAAGAAUGAAGGAGGAAGGAGAUAAGGAGAAGGAUGAAAAGAUCCGCCGAAGAAAAAGAAAGGCAGAGAGAAGCCAUAGAGACUCGUCUUCAGAGUCCUCCGCUGAUUCUGAAGGGGAGGAAGGAGUUGAAGCCAAGAAGAAAAAGAGAAGUAGUGAGGAGAAGGACAGAAUUACAGACAAAUCCAAGAAGAAGAGGAAAAAGAAGCAUAAGAAGCACGGGAGGAAGAAGAAGAAGAAGGCAGCAUCUCAGUCGGGCUCAGAGCUUGACUAAGGGUCUGUUUUCGUCUUCUGUUGGACAGUUCACUAGUAGAGCUUUUGCCUUUGACUACCAAAAAGUUCUCCCAUCCAACCUUGACCAUCACACUUGAAUGAGGAGGCCUAUGGACUUGCUAGGAUCCUGCUAGUGAAGUGAUGGAACUGAGGGGGCUUCCAUCCCUCUAUGGCAACUACACAUAUUUUCUUUAUUUUAUCUUUUUUUUUUUUUUUUUUGGAAUAGAUCAUAGUGCAUUGAUUUAAAGGUCAGUGACAGGACAUGUGAAAUCCAAAUCUGCCCUCAGGCUUUGUGUAACUUACCAACUCAUGACCAUGUCUCCCAGAAUUUGGACACAUGAGCAAAAGCAAAAUGGCAGUUGUCAGGACUGGGUUUGAGAUUGCUUUCUGAUGAAAAAUCUGACGUAUAAGGGCCUCAGAGCCGAUUUUAAGGGCCGAUUUUGAGUGUUUUUCCUCAUGUUGGAGAUUUUAGUGUUAUCAUGGGUUCUACUUAGCAGCACUCAUUUUCACCUUCACUCUGCUGGCCCUGUCGAAGUUGCUCUGUCUGCUUUACACCUGGACAUCUUGCAUUUCUAGUGCUGAAGUCACUAGAUGAGGCUGUUAUGCUAGUGCCUGUGUCAUGCAUGUAUACCUGAUAUGACCUCUCUUGUCUCACCAGCCUCAUAUUGAAGUUGGACUUGUGAUAAAAAUGUGAGCUACAUAGUCAGCAUUUAUACAAGGGGUAAUUGUUCCAGUAGAGGAUGAGUUGAGUUCCACUGCAAUGUAAAUGUAUAAACAAUGGGAAUUAAUUAAUAAAGUAUUCUUGUUUUAUCCUUGA